UCACUCAGUUGUCAAUUUUGUAAUGGGGCUACAGAUUAUUUACAGUAGCCGACAGUCUUUUACUCUGCAUUGCCGAUUUGUAAUUUUGUGUAAAAUUAAUUAAAAUGUCUAACACGAAUUAAUAACACUAAAACCUUGACGACAUUUAUUUAACUCUGUAAACUGAAUUGACCACAGCAUACAUGUCGGCCCAAAAUAGGAUUUACUGGUUAGGAAAAUGAAGAUGACACUGUCGUCACCAAGCAGCACAAACUCAAAUGAUCGACAACCUGUGAAUUUUGAUCAGAAAUCACUGAGUCCAAGUUCAAGUCCACGGAGUAGUCCCAGACCUUCUCCCAGGCCUCAGACUAAAAAGGAACACAAAUCUGAUACCCAUUUGUCUGUUAAUUAUAAAGAACAGACAUCAUUUAAACAUGAAGGAUCUCCUUCUAGCCAAGAGGGUUCUGUUACUGGAAUAAGUAUAAGCACACCAGACAUCACACCUCCAUCUGAAUACAAGGGGACUGAGAGUGGCGCAUCAACCACCAAAGAAAGAAGCUCCCGGAGCAAGAAAAAGUCGUCAUGGUUUAAUUCAUUUUAUCCUACUUACAAGUCCCGUUCGGAGGAUUUUAAACGGAUCUUCAAAGAUGUGCCCGAUGAUGAACGAUUAGUUGUAGAUUACUCUUGUGCGUUGCAAAAGGAAAUCUUGGUUCACGGACGUUUAUACGUCACUCAGAACUAUUUGUGUUUUUACGCAAAUAUAUUUGGCUGGGAAACCAAUGUGUCGAUGAAAUGGAAGGAGGUAACCUCCAUAUCGAAGGAAAAGACCGCCCUUGUCAUACCGAAUGCGGUGUUAAUUUCGACUCGAGCCGAUCAGAAGUUUUUCUUCACCAGUUUCGUGGCACGGGACAAGACGUAUAUUAUGCUCUUUCGAGUAUGGCAGAAUGCAUUGAUGGAUCAACCUAUGUCAGCUUCCGAGAUGUGGACUUGGGUUCACCAAAGUUAUGGUGAUGAACUUGGCUUAACAAGUGACGACGAAGAUUACAUCGCUCCGGGUACGGAAGACGACAAAUUAUCUGCGAGAUCAAUUGAAUCUUUCUCAGAGAACGAGGGUGUUACUGAAGGCGUUAUUGAUCCCGAUGUAAUGGAGGAUCUUGAGGAAAAACCAAGUAACAUAGAGCCCAGCAAGGCGCCAUCGGAAUGUUCUCACAUACCCACCGACAGAUCUGAAACCGAAUCUGAUCAGGAGAAGUCCAAUAUCAUCGCAUUAUCAUCAAAUCCCACAUUUUUACCCAGAAAACAGUCCCCUCCUAGUUCCAGUUCAUCCUCGGUGUUAGAAAACGAUGGAUCUAGUUUUUCAGGAAGUCAAGUGACACGAGAUUCGAUCGUAACGAACCUCAAACCAAUGAAACCAAGACGAAAGUCAACCGGAGCAAAAUCGAAAUGUACUUCGAAACAUGGAGGGCGUCAACUGGUCAAAGAGACCAUGCCCAUACAUUUGGACCAGUUGUUCACAUUGUUAUUCACCAGUUCUAAAUUCUACUUGGACUUCCACGCCAGUCGGAAAACUACGGAUCUGACGCAAACGCCUUGGACCCACAAUCCGGUGGACAAUAGCAAAAGUCGCGUGGUCUGUCAGACGAUCGCUCUGAGCCACGCCAUGGGCCCCAAAUCGGCCCAAGUUACCGAAACACAAGUAAUGCUUCCGUGUAGCAAAGCUGGUCAGUUAUAUGCCAUAGAUAUCGAAACGGUGAAUGCGGGAGUUCCUUAUGCCGACAGUUUUGUGGUCUUGGUGCACUACUGCCUAGAGAAGAUCUCGGACACACAGAGCUCGAUGUCUGUUUAUGCACAAAUAAAGUAUAAGAAGUCUGUGUGGGGAUUGGUUAAAACCAUGAUAGAGAAAAACUGUUGGUCUGGAUUAGUAGAUUUUUUCGGUGCGCUGGUCAAAGCACUACGAUCCGAAGCCGAAGGUGAUAUACUAGAAAUAAGGAAGUCGAAGCGAAAGAAACGACUUCAUAGUUUACCAAAAAUUGAAAAGUCAAGAGUGGUAAUACCGGGAAGAAAAAAGUUGCAGCCUUGUGGGUUGUUUAGUUCAGAUACUGUAACCCUAAUAGUAUUUUUUGUAUUAAUGAUUUUAGUAUUUUUAAAUGUGAUGCUCUAUAUGAAACUGUGGUCUUUAGAAGAAUCUCCUCCUUAUACUAUAGAUGUACAAGUUAUUCAAAAUUUACCAAAAUCUCAUGAUGAAUGGAUUCAGUUGCUACAAAAACAGGAAUCUUUACAUACAAUAGAAGUAAAGAAGUGGCAAAAAAUACUUAAAACUGCCGUAGGACUUUUAAAACAAGCGGAGGAAUCUCUUUCUGAGCUGCAGAAGUCUAUUUAUCCUAAGUCUCUUAUGAAAGGUGAUAGUGGGCAUGUAGAUAAAGGAGGAGAGUUGUAGUUGAUUUUUGUUAUGUUUUUAUUAUUCUAUGUCAGCGCGCACUGUGUUAUAUUUAUAGUAGAUUUAUCAAUUGUUCCUUACACAAUAUAAUGUUAUUGAAUAAAGUUUUAAAAUUUGAA